AUGUAUUGGAAUGAAGGGGCUUCUACGUUGGGAAGCAAAUGUAACAAAUACUACCUUAGCGUACAAGUAGUACUUGUAUGGGAAUGUGAAAUGAAAAAGUCAGAUGGUAAACUAUUGACAGAAACAGAAAAAACUGUCGCCGUUACCAAACGUUCAGCUACCGGUGAAAAGGCAAAAUGUGUAAAGAAAGUGACUAAGGCUAAAAAAGCCGCAUCAAAGGCAGAGAAAAAGCCAGCCAAGGCGAAAAAAGUUGAAAAGAAGUCAGCACCUAAAACUGCGUCCUCAUCUUUAGUUCCGACUUCCGCAGAUGCUAAAGCAAAAACACCAACCAAGGCAAAUAAAUCAAAUAAAGGAAGUCCAACGAUAAAACCAAAGGCACCCAAGCCGAAAACAGCCAAGGCUGCAGCAAGUUCACCAAAAGCUAGAAAAAACAAAUUCAACAACAGGCCAAAAAGACCUCCUUCAUCUUCCAUCGUUCCUACACAGACAGAGAUCCAAGCCCCAACACGAACCAAGCACGAACAUAAAUGGAAGCGACCAGUCAUCUCAAAUUCCAGCAACAGGCUAAAAAGACCUCCUUCGGACACACUUUAUGACGAAUCUAGUCUUCCUAUAUCUUCGUUAGCUAAAACCUUCGAAAUGCAACCUCCUUAUAUCCCCAAUGAAUUAAAAAGUAAUAAGAAAUCCAAGAAGAAGAAGCGAAAAACGGAUGAUAAUAUUAUCUCCGAUAUUCCUAGACUUGACAUUACUGAAUACUAG